CCUGCAGGUGUGCAGUGUUGUGUGAAGACUAGCCGAUCCCUCAUCACUCUGCCAGCACACUUAAGUGGCAGUUUCCUGGAGCUGUUCUGUUCCUUCGGGAGUGCAGAAAAACCCGUUCAGAACCUAUUGCCAGGAGCCCUGAGCAGGACCCACAAUGCAGUGCUUCAAAUUCAUUAAGGUCAUGAUGUUCCUCUUCAACCUGCUCAUUUUUCUCUGUGGUGCGGCCCUGCUGGCUGUGGGAAUCUGGGUGUCCGUCGAUGGGCCGUCCUUCCUGCAGACCUUCGGAUCACUGUCAUCAAGUGCCAUGCAGUUUGUCAACGUGGGCUAUUUCCUCAUCGCGGCGGGCGUUGUGAUCUUCAUUCUUGGUUUCCUGGGAUGCUACGGUGCUCACUCUGAGAACAAGUGUGCACUCAUGAUGUUCUUUUCCAUCCUCCUCCUCAUCUUCAUCGCUGAGCUUGCGGCUGCUGUGGUUGCUUUGGUGUACACCACAAUGGCUGAACAACUCCUAACGUUGGUGGUGGUGCCUGCCAUCAAAAAGGACUACGGCUACCAGACUGACUUCACCCAAGUGUGGAACUCUACCAUGGAAGGGCUGAAGUGCUGUGGCUUCAACAACUACACAGAUUUUAACAGCUCACGUUUUGUCCAAGAGAAUGGAGUCUUUCCCCAAUACUGUUGUGCCAACCCUGCCAACAGAACAGUGGAUGAGCCAUGCACCGCGGCCAAGGCCCAAACUAUGAAUGUACAGGGUUGUUUCCAUCAGCUUCUGCAUGGCAUCAGAACCAAUGCAGUCACCGUGGGCGGUGUGGCAGUUGGAGUCGCGGCCCUAGAGCUGGCUGCCAUGGCUGUAUCCAUGUAUCUAUACUGCAAUCUGAAAUAAGACGGCCUCUUCCUCCCGACUUGCUGCCGCCACAUGGAAACCAGGAAGAGGCACUCAGCGCAGCUAAGCAGCAGUGAUGAGGGUGGAGAUGAAAGCUAACAAUGUCAUCUGGGCUGGAGUGGAUUCGCCUUUGCUGUUCUGGACUUGGGGCGAAAUAGGGACCGCCUCUUUUGGUCUGUGUGUCUGUCUUGUUCUUCCACUGGUGGGGUGAGGGGGGAGGAUCUGUCCCAGAGUCUCAGAGGCAGCCAUGUCUGUCCAUCUCCUGAGUCUUUUCUUCAACCCUUGACACUUUCUUCGUGUAAAAGUGGCUCUUGAUGAUCCCAGCACUCCACCGGUGGAGGAAGGCACUUACAGCCUGGGCAUUUCAAGCACCGCCAAGUCAUACAAUGAAUGUAUAGAAGGCAUUUUGAACCCUAUAAACUAAUGAAUGUAUUCUAUUUGGGCUGUGUAUGCUUGGAGCCAUGGGACCAGACUGCCUAAAUUGCACUGACUGCCCAAUUGCACGGUUUCUGAGGCUGGACUCAGCAGGGUGGAAGGGAAGUGAGGUAGGUAUUUGGGCCUCAGGCCUGGAAGGACACUGAGAAAGUGGGAGCUGGGUUGGUCUGCCAUUAUGUAUCAUGAGAGGGCUUUGUCCUGAAAGUUCUCCCUCCUGGUGAAGGGCACUGGACUGGAAAGCUAUGAAAAUAACAGGCUUGUGCCAAAUCAAGGAGGGGAGGACAGAAUCCAUGUCAGGGCUGUGGGGGUGGAGCCGCUUUCUGAAGCCCUCCAGGAACUCUGAGAAGUAGGCCUAAGCUGUGUGCCCUAGUUUGGGGAAUUCCCAAAUCAUUUAUUCUUUGGUGUUGGCCCUACCCAUUCCUCUCAAGAUUUGUAUCUUUUGGGGGAGAGGAAGUUGGUUUAAACAUUUUUAUCACCAAUUAACCGGUUCUUCAGACAUUCCAGACUUGGGCCCUGGGGGUCCUGAGUGUGACUGGGCACACUGGUUCU